ACAGAGAGAGAGAGAGAGAGAGAGAGAGAGAGAGAGAGAGAGAGAGAGAGAGAGAGAGAGAGAUGGUGCAUGCUUCUGAGUGCUGUGUUACUUACCAGCAAUGAAGCUGAUACUGACUGUAGCAUGGUCCCUUGCAGCUUUUCUGUGUGCCGUUGUUGGAGGAGGACGCCGAGCUCGGGAGCCGUGUGUGAGCCUUGCAUAACCUAUAGAGUGAGCCAGUCCAGCACCUGUAGCUGUAAACGUGUGUUUGGACGUGUAAUUUCCUUAUGCGUUUCGGGCGCAGCCAAGGUUGGUAGACCUCAAUGGGAGAGGUGUGGAAAAACAGAUAUCCCUGCUUCCUUGUGUUGUGGAGCGCUCGGCCUGGCUGGUCCGCUUGCUGGUAUGCUUUGCUAACUUAGGAUGAUCACUAUGCAUCAUCAGCUAAUGUGCAGCCUCACAGGUGCUUGUGUGCUCCUGACAGUGCUCUUGGCUGGGUGGAACACAGGGGAGUAAAGAGGGGAAACGAUGAUAAAAGGUUGAGGUUGAUGUGGCCCGACGACACAUGUGAGUUUUGAUUAGCGGAUUGGCUAGGCUGGCUGAGUAGCUAGCUUAACGUCGGGCACAUACACUUAUUGCCAGAGGGGGCAAACAACGAAGCAACAAGUUUCACAUUUCAUUGAAAAUCAUCUGCUGUCCGAAGGAAUAGGAUGGCUGGAACGAACCCCUGAGCAUCACGGAUGCCGGGUAAUAGGAAUGAUGGCUUCUCCAAGCGGCCGAGCUAUGUUGCUAUCGUCUGAGGACUGAUAACGCUUGUCUAAGCAAUGUCGUUGGCUGUUGGCCUGAGCCUGAAGAGCACUGCUUUCACUUCUAGUCUGUGUUUGUAGCUUUGUGAUGUCGCGAGCAUAGUGCUCACUUCUGGGCCUAGUGGUGGCCGAUCUGUGCACGCUGUGGUAGUGUUGCAUUGUUCUUCGUCUUGUAAUCAUGUAGUGACAUCGCAUGAGAAAGGAUUUGAGAGGGAUGGAAAUUUGAGGUGAUUUGUCCUUCGGGACAUCCGUUAAAAUUUGAAUGAUACAGAGAAGAUUAGCAUGACCCCUGCGCAAGGAUGGCAUGCAUAAAUCGAGAAAUGGUCCAAAUAAAAAAAGAAAAAAAAGAAAAAAAAGAAAAAAAAGAAAAAAAAGAAAAAAAAGAAAAAAUAGAAAAAAAAGAAAAUUGAGGUGAUUUUAGUGUCAUGGGAGAAGAUCAUGCACGUGCUGGUCAACAGAUGUUCGAUGCAUCAUCCAUUGGUGGAAGGAUGUGAAACAUGCAAGGGUCCUGCUUGUUGGAAUUGGGUUUGGACUCUGGAGGAAUGCAUCAUCUUUGCUUGCUGUCUUACAGAGACAGGACGAGCGCCUGCGAUGUGAAUCUUGGCUCCUGAUAUGGCUAUACGGAUGUUUUGCAUGUCUAUCCUUUGAUAUGGGCACCUCAAACAACUGUGGAAAGUCCACAGUGCUGAGGUUUCUAAAUUGUGUCCAUGUCUGCUGUGGUGUCGCCUAUACAUGUGUACGCAUCUGAUGUGUGACCAUUUUUCAGAGAAUUGAACGGAUCUCAAAACGUCUCGAGAAUCUAGAUCUCAGGUGAAGUAGCCAAAUUUAGUGUUUCGGCUGGCAUAGUUUGGUUCGGGAGGUGGCAGAGGCAGUGCAUUCCAGCGGGCAAAAAAAAUAAGUUGAACAACUUUUUGCCUCAGGGUCGCAUCAAUUUUUUUUUUUUGAAUUAUUUUUUUCCGGCCGGGCAAGUGGUCCCGGGCCACUCUGGUAGCUUUUAGAUACGUUCCCAAUUUAAAGAUAAUUCCUGCGAAGAUAACGGAUCCAGCGGUGGGUGCUUCAUGGAAAGGGGGGAGAGUCGGUACAUUAAUGUGUGAGCUGAUAUGGAGGAGAAUCCCCUUGAGGAGGCUGGGGCAACAAGAGAGCCGGGUGCCGUGCUCUGCAAUGUGGACGUCGGGGAGUGGGAGGCAGCCGCCUAUAGUGAAGUGGGUGCUUGGCAUGUGGUCCACUGUUACUCCCUACGAGCAUAACUGGGCAACGCAUGACUUCAAACCGCUUCGGAAGAGGCGCAACAGCGUCUGACCUGCUGCGUUUGGAGAAACUCGUGUUCACUCCCGGGAACGUCCAGCUUCUCAGCACCAGCUGGAGGAGGGAGAGUCGAUAGAGUAGUGAGGGGCCGCAUAUGGGGGAGGAUCCUUUUGAGGAGGCUUGGUAGGGAUGCGAGCCGGAUGCCGUGUCUGAUAAUGUGGACAUAGAGGAGAGGGAGGUGGUGGCCAGGGCUAACCGUCAUAAGGACGGUAGAGAUCGGAUCACGUCUGCACUGCCUAACGCGCCGGUUGCACCAAGAGUGGCCCCUUGGCGGGAUUAGUACAGAUUACACUGGGAGAUAGAGAGGGACAAGAGAAAAACGCUUGCGGAGGAUUACUAUGACAUCUUCAACCGGUGAGCGAUGCUUGACCCUAGCUUCAAUAUGUAUUUGGAGGGCAUCUUCUACAGUGUUAGGAGCUCGCCGGAGAGGGAGGAUGGGCACAAGGAGAUGCGGCCUAGAGACAGGGAGGUGGAUAACGAGCGUUUCUACAAGGAGGUUUACGCGUCAGCAUGGCAGAUAGGGGUGGCAGAUGGAGGGUUUGUGGCAGUUGGUCGAGCAGGUUGUGGACAGUCCUCGGGUCAUACACAGGGUGGUCCAAAACGGUGGACUAGAGUCGAAGUAGAGCAGAGGGUGGAUGUUAGGGUGGGCAUGCGUGUGGAGUAUACGGUGGACCAGAGGAGAGCGGACAUCAUGUGCGAGAGGGUGGAUGAGAGGAUGGAGGAGAGUGUGGUGCAUAAUCAGGCAGGUGCCAUGUUGGAGGAGAGGAUGGACAAGGGGGGAAGGGAUAGAUGAGGCUUCCAGUCAUGUCAAGCCUCAAAGGCAGAACUCGUCGUUGAGGACCCAGGCACCUGUGAGCAGUCCACUGGGCAUGGCCCGACUUCUUCCAUGAUGACCCUCGACGAUCAUGGACAACGUCACGACGAGUCCCGCUCGCACAGAGAGGAGAGAGAGAGAGAGAGGAUAACGCUGGUACGGACAUAGUUGCUAGACCUCAGGAAGAUGGUCGCAGUCGACCUCAUGGCCGCCCACGAUUGGGAGGCAAAGGCCGACGGCUACGACAACAGUCUUGUGCAAUGAGAUCAUGGAUCGAGGAUGAUGAUAUGCAGACCUGUUCAUGGAGAGGUUGCCCUUGGGAGGCAACUCAUGGGGGUGGUGCCUGAUUGCGAGCCGCUGGUGGGAAGCGACCAAAACACUCUUCUAGUGCGCUGGACAGUGAUGGUGAUGAUGAUGAUGAUGAUGAUGAUGAUGGUGAUACCUCUGACGAGGUAUCUGGUAGCACUUAUGCAGGGGAGGAUCGUGUUCGAAGGGUUGGUGAGGCUGGAGAUGAUGACGCCUUCAAUGAUACACUGGCAAGGGAUGAGGAUGAUUAGAGAGAUGGAGUUUGGGAGGACUCAACAAAUUGCUGCAUGCAUA